UCUCACUGACCCACGCUACUUCUUUGCACUCCCUUUCAGGUUUCGGAAGAACCGAUGUCUACGUCUUGCGGGGAACUGGCAGCUGCUCGUUGUUCGUCAUCUUCUCACUAAAGCAAGAUGGCCCUCAAUGUAUUCGAUCAUGAUGAAUACAGACCGCCAGUGUGGAAGUCAUACUUGUACCAGCUGCAGCAGGAGGCACCACACCCACGCAGAGUCACUUGUACCUGUGAGGUGGACAACCGACCGAAAUACUACGGCAGAGAAUACCAUGGGAUGAUAUCCAGAGAAGAGGCCGACCAGCUCCUGAACCAAACAGAGGGCAGCUACCUCAUCAGGGAGAGUCAGAGACAGCCUGGCACCUACACACUGGCUCUACGGUUUGGCAACCAGACCAGAAACUUCCGCCUGUACCAUGAUGGGAAACAUUUUGUCGGAGAGAAGAGGUUCGAGUCCAUCCACGAUCUGGUCACAGAUGGCCUCAUCACACUCUACAUUGAGACAAAGGCGGCCGAGUACAUCGCCAAGAUGACCAUCAACCCCAUCUACGAACAUGUGGGCUACACCACCCUGAACCUGGAGCCCACGCUGAAGAAACACCUGCCCCGCAGCCCCGAGGCCCCCGAUGGGCCUGCCCCUGCCAAGGAUGGGGGCAACACAGAGGAGAGGCUCACGUCGCUGGUGAGACGAGCCACCCUGAGGGAGAGCGACCUCGCGCCCAAAUACGAGAAGGUCCACAACUUCAAGGUUCAUACGUUCCGGGGACCCCAUUGGUGUGAGUACUGUGCCAAUUUCAUGUGGGGUCUCAUCGCUCAGGGCGUCAAAUGUGCAGACUGUGGGCUGAAUGUUCACAAGCAGUGCUCCAAGGUGGUGCCCAACGACUGCCAGCCGGACCUCCGCCACGUCAAGAAGGUCUACAGCUGCGACCUCACCACCCUGGUCAAAGCCCACAACACCAAAAGACCUAUGGUGGUGGACAUGUGCAUCCAGGAGAUAGAGGCCAGAGGACUCCAGUCCGAGGGUUUGUACAGGAUAUCAGGGUUCAGCGAGCUAAUUGAAGAUGUCAAGCUGGCUUUCGACAGAGACGGAGAGAAGGCGGAUAUUUCCUCCAACGUUUACGAAGACAUCAACAUCAUCACUGGAGCCCUUAAACUCUACUUCAGAGAGCUGCCCAUCCCCCUCAUCACAUACGACGCCUACCCACGCUUCAUAGACGCCGCAAAGAUCACAGACGCGGAGAAGAGGCUGGAAUCUCUCCACGAAGCCCUGAAGCUGUUGCCUCCGGCCCACUGCGAGACGCUGCGAUACCUCAUGGCCCAUCUCAAGAGGGUGACCAAGUGUGAGAAGGAGAACCUGAUGUCCAGCGAGAACCUGGGCAUCGUCUUCGGCCCCACACUGAUGAGGGCCCCUGACCUGGACGCCAUGACGGCGCUAAACGACAUCCGAUACCAGAGACUGGUGGUGGAGACGCUCAUCACCAACGAAGAAGUGCUGUUCUGAGAGAAGGCCAGGAGAAGGGAGGCGGCGGGGGGACUGAAGGAACACUUCUGCUCCUUAGAGGAUAAGAGACAGGAAGAAGUCAUCAUGAAGACGCAAUGUGUCUUCGUGGGAAGGGAUGGAAGGAUAGAGGGAAAUGUGACCAGUCCUCAUUUGAUUAAAAAAAAAAAAAGGAAGUAAAAACUGGAUCAACAGAUGACAGCUGGAAGAGGAGAUUAGGAUCGCCCAUUUCAGAUUGAAACUCUCAUGAUGGACGUUGGGAAGUGGAAAGGGUAGAUGAAUGCCUUGGAUUUUUUACAGCGCAUUCCUACAAACAAAUAAAAUUCACAUUUUACCCAUCCGAUUAAAAGCCAGCUUGAAAAUGCCAUCCCUCAAAUAAUGUGAUCUCUCAAAUAAUGUCAUACCUUUACACAUAUCUUCGAUGAGAGGUGGGGUUUUUCCAAAUUCGUUGAAUGACAACUGUAUGGAUUAGUAUCCCCCCCCCCCCACUUCAAAUAACCCCACUGGUCAGCGAGUUUGAGGGCCAGCUCGUGUGGCCUGCAUACCAGUAUGCACAGUGACAUUAUUAUUUUGGAAAAACAGCAACUCAUCUCUGUGAAUCUUCAUUCCUGAUCGACACAACAGAACAAUGUGUUGCACCAUCCCAAGAAUGAGAAUAUUUCCUUGUA